AUGGAUCAGUGGCAUUAUCGCAUCGAGGAAUUCGAGGUCCCAAGUGAUGAACGAUGCACCUGGGACCGACAGAAGCUAACGACCAUCUUUGGAGGUUUGGUGACCGCGCACAUUUUCCAAGCAUGGGCAGCCAGCUCCCAAAGCACAUCCCAGGUGAGAAAGAAUUCGCGCUUCAAGCGCUUGGGCGACGACUUGAUGGCAGACCUGCGUGUGAGUCUGUCGGAGGCACCCGUCGCCUUGCUUGGCUUCAAGCGGGAGCUGGUGCAUUUGGAUGGACACAUUGUGACCUUCGGCAUGGAUCGAGGUGAUGUGCUGAAACCCGGUGCCGCCUUAGAAAUCGAGGGCGAAGGCAUGCCACACAAGGAGGACCCCUCCAGUGCUGGGAAGCUGGUGAUUCGAUUUCACAUCGACUUCCCUCAGAGCAUUCCUCCCGGGGCCGGCGAUGACUUGGAGGCAGCCUUAUCGAAGUUACCAGGGCAGAGCAAGGCUCGAGUUUCGCAGGUCUUUUUCAUCGAGGAGUCAGCCCUUCGCUUUGAGAAAGCGCGAUGCCAGCCGCCGCGCGCCAGCUAUGCGCCAUGGAGUUGCCGACUCUUUAGUGAUUUGGCCGAGCAGUCCGCAGACGUUGCUCGGCCCGUCAAAGCAUCAGGAGAUUUUUUGGAAAUUGAUGGGGAUAGGUCGGAGGCCGGCCCAUGCCGACCACGUCGACCUGCCCAAAACGAGGCGCAGUUCCUGGGCGUGGCGCUUCCAGCGGGGAAGAUGUGCAACGGACAGUCUGCCAAGGUUCUUUCCAGGCCUGACUUUCUGAAGCUCGCCAAAAGUGGUGGGAUGCGGCAGGGCAUGCGCACGCUGGCGAAGUUUCCUGCAGAACUGAAGAUCUUCGAACGCUUCGCGCGCGAGGCCGCCGUUUUCGUUGGGCCUGCGGAGAGCUGGCAGGAGAACAUGCAGGACGAGGCAGGCAAGCGACUGCUGGCCUUCCUUGAAGCAGGCAAAGAGUUCCAGGGUUGCGAGCCUGAGUUCCUCAUGAAAGUCCUGGCGACUCACAUGGUUUCCGGACGGCUGCUGGCUCCAGGAUCGACUCUCGAGGGAAAUGCCUGGUACGUCGUCCUGGCGGGUCGCGUCCAGGUCGAAUCUCCGGACGGCCUCCUGCUGCGCUACGCCGGGCCGGGCGAGGUGCUGUCGCUGGAGAACUCGCUGGUGCUGCGCGCCGUGCGGGGGAAGCUGGCAGGGCCAGCCUUGUGCUUGGAGCUGUCGCAGCCGAGCGGAACGAUGGGCAGCGAGAACGUGGAGCGAUGGCGGCGCAAUGUGCAGCAGCUCCGUAGCGAAGAGCGAGAAACCUUGGAGCGGCGAAGAAGUUGGGUGCAGAAGGUGGCCGUCCCGGCUCUGGGCUCCACGCAGUUGUUGGCUGGCUGUCCUGAGGACUUCUUGCAGCUCCUUGCUGGACAGCUUUCGGAGGAGGCGUUUCAGGAACAUCAGGAGAUCAUCGGCUGCAAUACGGAAGGUGACUCCAUGUUGGUUCUAUUGGAGG